AUGCCAUAUGAAGAGGUCAAUGCCGAAGGCAAGCGGGUGUUGUGUCGUACGGAGAACUUUGCCAACUCGCAUUCCGGGUUUAAUAGUUUUCUCCGCGGGCAGCGUGCAACAAGUCUUCUCCAACAACUUGCGGGAGAGGAGAUGGUUCUUUUCAAAGAAAAGAUUAACUACAAAUUAGCAGGUAGUGGUGGUUUCGAUCCUCAUAUCGAUGCCAAUGCCUAUACCCAUGUUAAAAACAUUAAGCAUUUGACAAUUCUUGCGGCAGUCGAUGAAAUGAACGCAGCCAAUGGAGGUCUAGAGGUGGUUGAUGGAAGUCACCGGAUGAAUAUCCCUCUUGGCAACGAUCGAUGCAUUACAUCAGAUUGGGUCGACAGCAAUGUAUGGACACCAGCUGAGCUUCAGUCAGGCGAUAUCUUGGUUUUUGGCUCGUAUCUAGCCCAUCGGAGCGGCGCCAAUCUCAGCGCGAAGGACCGGCGCGCCAUCUACGCAACCUACAAUUGUGCAGCUGAAGGUAAUCUGCACGACCAGUACUACUCUGAUCGUGAGAAACUUUGGCCUGCAACACACAUGCGGAAAAUGGGAGAGUCCUAUGAAGAAGGCCGCAUGCGAUAUGGUUUUGGGUCCCCUAUGUUAACUGUGGACUCCAAAUUUAUCCCAGCUUCCUGA